GGGGAGCGUGUGUUUGGAGUGAGCGUGUAGUUGCUGUGUGAGACGCGUGUCACGCCCGGUAAAGUCAGUCGCGCGAGCAGGUGCUCAGAGUAACGGCUGGACCCAUCUCUUGCGCUCCUUACUCAGUGUGACGCUCGCUUGCUCGCUCAGUGCAAUGGACGCAUCGGCGCGGCGGUGAGCGGGGCGUCAGUCUGUCAUGCGGCGGUGUGAGACUUUACUGCUCAUCAUCAUCCUGACGGCGGGUGUGAGCACGGCGCUACAGAUUCAGUGUUAUCAGUGUGAAGAUCGUCAUGAUGACUGCUCGUCUCCAGAGUUCAUCGUGAACUGUACAGUGAACGUUCAAGACAUGUGUCAGAAGGAAGUGCUCGUCAUGGAGAAUGGAGUUCACUACAGGAAGUCAUGUGCGUCGUCAGGGGCAUGUCUGAUCGCAUCAUCAGGAUAUCAGCAGUUCUGUACAGGGAAACUGAACUCUGUCUGUAUCUCCUGCUGCAACACGCCACUCUGCAACGGCCCGCGACACAAACGCAGAGCGCUUUCCUCUGCCCGCUCGCUGCACAUGCUCAUGCCCACCAUACCACUGAUCGCUGCUGUCCACAGCUUCCUGUCAUAUUCACACUGAUACACUAUGCUUCUGUCUGUCUCAUUUCAUCCUCGUUUGUCUGAUGUAAAUAAUAAUUUGAGUUUUAAACUCAUUUAAACUUUUCUGCUGUGAGAUUCCAUAUGUAUGUAUGUGUGUAUGUGUGUGUAUGUGUGUGUGUGUGUGUGAAUGAAGGGGCCGGCUCCUGAGUUUGUGCGCUCGAGACAAGAUCAUGAAAUUAAGCUCCACCGGUGCAAAAAUAGUCCUUAAACAUCGGUCGGACCACUAUUUUUAAGAGAAAGCACUAAAAACUAGAAAAAUGAAUUGACAAAUGUGAACCUUUUUCCCCACAUAAUGUUUUAGAUCAAGGGUCUUCAACAGGGGGUCCGCAAAUUAUUGUUUGAUCCACCACUGGUGGCAUUUUUAAUAAUCAUUCACUCGCACAUGAGCGACAACGAGAGACAAGAGUGUGAAUUAUCGACAUGUUGAAGACCUUUGCAGCUGCAUGCCAAAUCUUAAAGUGUGUCUUAACAGCCUAGUCAGCAGAAGCGCGCAGCCCGGACAAACCCUUCUCAACCAGCGCUCAUCACGAGCCACUCAAGCGUGACACACAUCAGGUUCAGCAGCACUGCAGUGAAGGGUCGUGUGAGUAAACGCGUCUGCUUUGAGUUGGUCGUGCUGAGCAGAUGACACCCUUUUUCAGAACAAUAGUGCACUUGCCUGGUGUAAAUAAAUAGCUAAUGUUUAGAUUCUAAAACUGGCAUACGGGGUCCUUGACGUUCCACACACACAAGAUGGUGACUCUCAAAUCAACGUAAUUAAAGGUGCACUCAGUCAUUGUUUUCCUCUAUGAAAU